GAUAGGCUCGUUUCGUUCCUAUCUUUUCACUCAUAUUUUGGGUGUUAAUUGUCUACUUUGUAUAAUUAAUCGGGUGACUAUUGGGGGUUUUGAAUGAAAAUUUGUUAUUUUUCGGUCCCGGUGGCAUUCAUUUUCAGUGUAGUAUUUUUGUACACAAUUUGACAUUUUUGGAGUAAUUUGAUUGUAAAGUUACAUAUUAUUAGCGGGUGUGGUGAGUUGUUAUUGUAUAGGCUGAGUUUGCGGUGAAUUAUUUGGGCCGGAUCAUUUAAGGACUGUUUUUGAAGUUAAGUGCAAUCAAAGAGAAAAAAAAAAGUGCAGCAGGUUGUUCGUCUCACUAGCAGUCCAAAAGAGAAAAAAAAAAGUGCAGCAGGUUGUUCGUCUCACUAGCAGCCCAACAAGGAAAAGAGAUGAGCUGGGUUUUCUCCCUGAAAACAACCCCAGCCGCAGGAGCAAAUUCCAUUUUUUUGCAUUCUCUCUUCACUUUUGGAUUUCCGCAGCCGCACCCAACAGUUUUCUUAUUCUCUGGAGAAGCAACCGACAGCAACUAGAAGACCAAAACACCUGCAAUUUUUCUUUUCUGUUCAUUUAGCAACAAGCAGCCGGAGGCGCGGCAUGGGAUUUCAUGAACUGAUUUUGGAAGAAUUGCAGCCCUAUGUAGAUGGAGCUCCUCAGGGUUACAAGAUGCAAUUUGCUUCACAACAGGCGAGAGAGUGAUAUGGAGCUGAAUUCAGAGUUGAAACCUACACUUACUAGAGAAGUGAAGUCGCUGGGUAGUAAUUAACAAAGUGAUGGCCGCUUCUGAUGACGUUACAUGCUGUUUUUUUAACACCAGAGCAGCUGGCCGUUGAGGUGCAGACGCAGUUGCUCCAACAACUCACUUUUGGACUACCAGCAAGCUUUGGCAGCGGAAUGCGGGCAUAGUUCCAGGUUAUGGCAGCGAUACACACUUAGUUUGGAGUUGAGAGACUUCAGUUGCUUCACGAGGCAAACAUUUGCGAGAUUUUCCAGUGCUUACGCAUCCAAGAGAGUCAUUUCGGCCGAUGAUCAUAGUUUCAGGCACACUACCCAGAUCUUCCACCACAAGAGAUCGAGGAGCUAUCAAAUGUUGAGUUUUAAGUUAUUCUGGAGGUUAUGCACCAUCGUUUGGCUUGUACGGUAUUCUGCCAACUUUUACUACGCUGCUAAGAAUGUGUGUUUACUCUCUUAUUACUCCUUUGUUGAAUUGUGUCGAUUAUUAUUCUGAUUAUGAUGUGCUGCCGGGAUGAAAACCAUUUUAUUCUUUAACUUGCCCUCGUUAUUUCUGCUUUUAAAUCUUUUCUGUGACCUCGAGGGCGAUGUCACCCCUAAGUGUGGGGAGGUUUGGUUUUAGUUUGGACAUGGCAUUUGGUGAUGAAAUUAUUCUGCUCAACAACAUUUUGAGGUGCACGAGCUUUUUUCUGGUUUAGCAACGCAACAGAGGUAACUUGUUAAUCUUUAUUUUCUUUUGUAAACUUCCAUCUCCUCCAUCUUUCUUGGAAAGAAUAAGUAAUGGUGUAAUCAUCGGGGUGGUGUGUAUAUUCUUGGGAAAUGUUGGCAUGCUGGAUUGUUUGAUUUGUGUUGAUUAAAUUCGGUGUUACUCGUGAUUCACUAGUUCAUCAUCAAUAAUUCAUUGACUGAUCAUGUGUUGAAAAUCCUUACUCCGUAAGGAGCUCUGCUUUAUAAGCAUAUCGGGAUAACUUCAUGCUAAGCAGGUAACUGAUUCUUGUAAUGGGGUUACACUUUGUGUGUCGAGAAUUUCAUCCCCAAAAUGGGGCUCUGCUCAUCUCGCGAAUCACUCUGUGUGAGAGUUGAGUACACAGUAAUGAGAUAAACUCCCAGGCCCUAGAGCUUGAAUCAGUCGAGCUUGAAUCAGUCCUGUAAUCCAGAACCUGGUCAACUUUUCAAAAAAAAAAGAGAGAAAAAAAAAGAACCACGAGUAUACUGAUUUUUAUCACACAAUUCUUGGGUUUUUGGAAUGAUUAGUGGUUUGGAUUUCACACACCUACACCGUGGGACCAUCAUGCUUUUCUUUACACUUUAGUCGGUUGGAGAGGGAUUUUACUUUUGAAAAUAUUGUUUAACAUGUGAACCUUGGUUUCGUUGUUAAGAAAGAAAAGACUUUGUGCAUUCAUUUGUUUUGGGUGAAUGAUUUUUUUAACCAGGUGUUACAUGUGAUUAUUUUGUUUUCCGUGGAUUUAAUGCAUUGUUGCUUGGGGGCAAGCAACGCUCAAGUGUGGGGAGAUUUGAUAGGCUCGUUUCGUUCCUAUCUUUUCACUCAUAUUUUGGGUGUUAAUUGUCUACUUUGUAUAAUUAAUCGGGUGACUAUUGGGGGUUUUGAAUGAAAAUUUGUUAUUUUUCGGUCCCGGUGGCAUUCAUUUUCAGUGUAGUAUUUUUGUACACAAUUUGACAUUUUUGGAGUAAUUUGAUUGUAAAGUUACAUAUUAUUAGCGGGUGUGGUGAGUUGUUAUUGUAUAGGCUGAGUUUGCGGUGAAUUAUUUGGGCCGGAUCAUUUAAGGACUGUUUUUGAAGUUAAGUGCAAUCAAAGAGAAAAAAAAAAGUGCAGCAGGUUGUUCGUCUCACUAGCAGUCCAAAAGAGAAAAAAAAAAGUGCAGCAGGUUGUUCGUCUCACUAGCAGCCCAACAAGGAAAAGAGAUGAGCUGGGUUUUCUCCCUGAAAACAACCCCAGCCGCAGGAGCAAAUUCCAUUUUUUUGCAUUCUCUCUUCACUUUUGGAUUUCCGCAGCCGCACCCAACAGUUUUCUUAUUCUCUGGAGAAGCAACCGACAGCAACUAGAAGACCAAAACACCUGCAAUUUUUCUUUUCUGUUCAUUUAGCAACAAGCAGCCGGAGGUAGGAGUUUUUCCUUUCGUUUCUGAAAUCAAUUAGCCGCAGCAGCAUUUUUUUUUUCCCUUGUCUUCAUUUAGCCGUAGCAGCAACUAGAUCAAGCAGCAAUUUUUUUUAUCCUAUUCUAUGGAAGUAGCCGCACCAGUAAGAAAGGAAAUCAGAACGGUUUCUAAGCUUCACUCUUCCUUCAAUUUCUGCCAAGUUUAUUUAGAUUCCAAACAUUUAUUGUAAGUUAAAUAUAUUUUACAUUACUUGUUCUCUAAUUAGGAUUAUAUAUUUUGAAGUUGUUUUUCUCCAACUGAUAACUCAGUAUUCCCAAACGAUUAUUCUACUUCAGUUUUUCUAACCUUUAUCAUGUUUAUCAAUAUUACUGCGAUGUUAAUUUUAAGUAUGAUUAGCUAAUUCCAUAUAGGGUUUGAAUUGGGGCUAGGGUUCAUGGGUUUUUGAGGGUGUGAAUUUAGUUUUGAAAUUCAAUUAAUUUUCUGAAAAAUUGUAUAAGUUUAAUCAUAAUUGUCUAUAUGAAUUUGAUCACCUCAUAUAUGAAUACUUUGAUUUAAUUCAAUUCUUGUCUAUGAGAAAUUGAGUUGAAUAAGCUCGAAUCUUAUACAAGCAAUCUGAUUUUAGAAAUAAGUUAGGAUUGUGAUAAUAUGAUUUAAUUCUCGUCUAUGAGAAUUUAUUUCAUUUUCUUUCCAGGAAAAAUUGAAAAUCAAUUUUACUUAAUUCUAAUCCUGAAAGAUCACCCAGAACCCGAACCAUCCAAUUUGAACCCUGUUUUAAUAUCCUGAAUUAAUUUAAUUUAUUUUUUUUCUAUUUAUUUUUGCACUCGCUAUUAGUCAGUUUAUUAGUCAGUUUUAUUUUCAAACCACUCAAAAAAAUAUUUAUUCGGAAAGAUUACCAUGACUUGUGCUAGCCUGUGAUCACAGACUGUAUUUAAAACUUCCUUUUUGCCACUCCUUGAGAGACGAUACUCGUGGUCUGGUUAUUCUUCGGAUUAGCCAACUACGUUUUACUCACUAAAAAAAAAUACACCGAUCAAAUGGCGCCGUUGCCGGGGAGUGGCACGGUUGUUUGUUAAGUACUUUUCUGUGGAAUAGGUAAAAGCAAGUUGGUGAGACUUUCUAUUUUUUUUUUUUCUGUUAUUUGUUUGUCGUUUUUGGUGUUCUUUGCACGUGAACUAAGCUGCAGGAACCAGUGUAUGCGCACUCGCUCCUCGGAGGAACAAGAUUUAAUUGCAGGUUAUUCUAAUCCUGAACGCUUAUUCCGAGGAAGAGCUAAAAGGCGUUUGCUAGAAGACUUGGAGAAAAUGGCCGAUCAGACAACUCUAGAGACGCUGACGCCUAAUUAUGUGGCGAGAAAUAGCAUUGGUGCACCCACCAUUGAGGCCAACAAUUUUGAAAUCAAGCCGGCCAUGAUUCAGAUGCUUGCUAAUAAUCCAUUCUGUGGAUACACUCAUGAAGAUCCAAUGGAGCAUAUUGAGAGCUUUAUUCAGACUUGUGCCGCGUUCAAAUAUAAUGGAGUGUCCAGCGAAGCAGUCAGGUUGACUUUAUUCCCGUUCUCGUUGAAAGACAAAGCUUCACGGUGGCUCCGUAGCUUUCCAAACGGGCAUUUUGAUACAUGGGAGAAGCUUCAUCAGGCAUUUAUGCAGGAGUAUUUUCCUCCCUCUGCCGCUAUCAAGGUUUAGACAGAAAUUCUCAAUUUCACUCAAGCUCCGACUGAGAC